CUCUCCUUUUCGCAAGAAAGAAUUCUCGGAGAAGUGUGAUAUCUUAAGUCACGUGAAUAAUUAUUAUAUAAGAAUAUACAACGGUUUAUUUCGAAUUUCUUACGCAACUGUUACUUGCAAAAUACUGAUCGACAAUCGAAGUUAAACUGAUCCUUUUUAGGGAAAAUAUACGUCGAGCAGCUCUUUCUAGUCGCAGCUAUUCACGAUGGUCUCAACAUGGGAGGAUUUCUAUGCGAAGCAUUCACCCCCUCAAGACUUGGCACAAAAUGAACAGGCGUUGAAGGAAUUCACCAGGAAGCAUCUUGAGGCUGGUAAUAAAGUGGUAUUGGUGACGAGUGGUGGUACGACAGUACCCUUGGAACACAAUACAGUGAGAUUUGUAGACAAUUUCAGUGCGGGUACAAGAGGCUCAGUUUCAGCGGAAUACUUUUUGGAGUAUGGAUAUGCAGUUAUUUUUAUGUAUAGAGUUAAAUCUUUAGAACCAUUCUCGAGACACUUUAUAGGUCAGAAGUUUUUAGACCUGCUUCAAAUAUCAGACAAUAAUGAGAAUCCUGUUAUCACAGUACUGCCAGAACAUACGCAGAAGGUAGCAACAGUACUGCGAAAAUACAGAGAGGCAUUUAAUAAAAAAAAAUUAUUGCAACUUACUUUUACAACUUUCUCUGAAUAUCUAUGGCUGCUGCGAUCUGCUUGCCAAGCAUUAGCACCUCUAGAGAACAAAGCUAUAUUAUAUUUAGCAGCAGCGGUCUCGGAUUUUUACAUUCCUUCCAAUGAGAUGUCAAUCCAUAAGAUUUCCUCGAGUGGGCCACCAACUAUAUCUCUUCAAUUAGUGCCAAAGAUUUUAGCUCCGUUAGUCAGUUUAUGGGUACCAAAAGCAUUUGUAGUUUCAUUUAAAUUAGAAACCGAUGAAAGCUUGCUGAUUUCUAAAGCGAGGACUGCCCUUAAUAAAUAUCAUCACAACCUUGUAAUAGCCAACAUGUUGCAAACUAGAAAGCAACAAGUGAUUAUUGUAAGCAAGGAAACCAAUUACGUUUUGUCUCUUACAAACGAACAAUUAGAUAAUGGUGAAGAAAUUGAACAAUUAAUUGUAAGAGAUCUCAUUGAAAAGCAUAUAAAGUAACUAUGUGGU